AUGGAUCAGAAAACGAAUGUAUACAUUUGGGACAUGGAUGAAACUCUAAUCUUACUCAGAUCUUUACUGAGUGGGGCAUAUGCUGGGUCUUUUAAUGGUCUUAAGGAUGUGGAUAAUGGGGUGAAGAUUGGAAAACUUUGGGAGAACCAUAUUCUUCAAGUGUGCGACUUACAUUUUUUUUACAAUCAAAUUGAACAUUUCAAUCAACCAUAUCUUGAUGUCUUUAAUGAAUGUGAUGACGGCCUGGACCUCUCUGAUUAUGACUUCCAUAAAGAUGGUUUUGGUCAUCCGCUCGAUGCUCUUAACAAACGUAAACUGGCAUACCGCCACCGUGUUAUUGCUGAGAAGUAUCGUCAGGGUUUGCGAAAUAUUCUAAAUGAUGAUGCUUUAAAAUUGUGGGAUAGUCUCUAUGAUUUGUCUGACACUUACACUGAGAAGUGGUUUUCUUCAGCUAGGGCAUGCUUGGAGCAGUGUGCGGGACUCAAAAGAGAUACGAGUGUGAGCUCAAACAAUGCUAGAGAUGAAGAGUUUGAGCAUGUGAACAUUUUGGUUACAUCUGGGCCACUUGUACCAAGCUUGGUCAAAUGCCUAUUCUUUCGACUCGAUAGCAUGAUAACUUGCAAUAAUGUUUACAGCUCUCUGGAAGUGGGAAAGCUCCAGUGCUUCACGUGGAUUAAGGAUCGUUUCAAAGGGCCUCACGUUCAAUUCUGUGUUAUUGGAGAUGGCUGGGAAGAAUGUGCAGCUGCUGAGUCCAUGAAAUGGCCUUUUGUCCAAAUAGAUCUGAAUCCGAGCAGUAUCCAUCGAUUUCCGGGUCUCACGCCUGCGGAUUUAGGGCACUAUUUUUCCAUCGUGUACGGAGAGGAGGACGGUGAUGAAAAAACGGGACAUCAUGACAGUAUCGACUAA